GUACGUCUCCCAUCCAAAAUUAGAGCACGCCAAAACAGAACCACUUUCAAAGAGAGAGAGAGAGAAACUCCAUUCCGUGACUGAAGAUGAUGGCGAGGAAUAUUUCAGUGUGCAAAUACAAUGCUAUUAUUCCCUUACGCUCUUAUUCAACAUCCUUUUCAGUGAAGGGUAAAGUUGGAAUACGUCUCAAUUUUGAGAAUGAGGUUAAGUGUUUAGAUGACGCCGUUACUCUCUUCCACCGAAUGGUGAGAAUGAAGCCUCUUCCUCCCUUCGGUCAAUUGUUUAAGACUAUGAUAAAUAUGAAGCAUUACGCUUCUGUCAUUUCUCUUUUCCGAGAAAUGAGGAAAUUGGAUAUUCCAAUUAAUGAAUUCAUCUUGAAUAAUGUGAUUAACAAUUAUUGUUUGAUGCAUCGUGUUGAUUGUGCAUUUUCGUUGUUACCCAUUUACUUGAAAAGUGGCAUUCCAUUUGAUGUUGUCACCUUUACCACUCUUAUAAGGGGAUUAUUUGCUGAAAAUAAAGUCAUAAAUGCAAUUGUCUUGUUCAAAAAAUUGGUGAGGGACAAGAUUUGUGAGCCCGACGAAAUCAUGUAUGGAACCGUCAUAAAUGGGCUCAGCAAAAGGGGUCAUACUCAGAAAACUUUAAGUUUGCUCCGUUUAAUGGAACAAGGGAACACUAAGCCCAACAUAUAUAUCUAUAACAUUGUCAUAGAUGCCUUCUGCAAAGAUAGACACUUAGAUGCUGCUAUCAACCUUCUGAACGAGAUGAAACAGAAAGGGAUUCCUCCGGACAUAGUCACAUAUAGUUCAUUAAUUGAUGGUUUGUGUAAGCUUGGUCAGUCGGAAAAGGUUAAGACUUUGUUAUCUGAGAUGGUGAAUCUUAAUAUUUAUCCAGAUGUGUGCACCUUCACCAUGGUGAUUGAUGGACUAUGCAAAGAAGGGAAAGUUGAAGAUGCCGAGGAAGUAAUGAAACACAUGGUCGGAAAGGGUGUAGAGCCUGAUAUAAUGACCUACAAUGCGAUAAUGGAUGGAUAUUGUUUGCGUGGUCAACUAUAUAGAGCGAAGAGAAUUUUUGAUGUCUUGAUAGGUAAGGGCAUUGAGCCUAACAUUUUUAGCUAUAACAUACUAAUAAAUGGAUUUUGCAAGGAAAAGAAAGUGGCCGAGGCCAUGCAAUUAUUUGGUGAAAUUUCUCAAAAGGGAUUGAAACCUGAUACUGUUACCUACAAUACUAUCUUGCAUGGUCUGUUUGAAGUUGGAAGAAUUGGUGAUGCAAAACGAGUUUAUGCUGAGAUGCUAUCUGCGGGACCCAAACCUAAUAUAUGCACUCAUUCCACUGUGAUCGAUGGUUAUUUUAGGUACGGACUUGUUGAAGAAGCUAUGUCACUCUUUAAAAAGUUGGAAAGGAAGCGAGAAAAUACAGAUAUUGCAUUUUACACGGUUGUCAUUAAUGGACUGUGCAAAAAUGGUAAACUGGAUGAAGCUCAUUCUGUUUUUGAGAAGCUUUCUUUGAUUGGAUUGCCUCCGGAUGUGAGAGCAUACAAUACAAUGAUAACUGGAUUUUGUCUACAAGGAUUGUUAGAUGAAGCAAAUAGUAUGCUAAGAAAAAUGGAGAAGAAUCGUUGUUUGCCAAACAAUGUCACUUACAAUGUGUUUGUGCAAGGAUGUCUCAGGUGGAGCAAAUUUAGUGAAAUGAGAACUUUUAUGAAGGAAAUGGCUGAUAGGGGCUUCUCUUUUGAUGCAAGUACAGCUGGAUUUUUGGUAAACGUUGUAAGGGAAAAUCCUUCUGUCCUUGACAUGAUACCAGAGCUUCACUCGAAAAAUAAGUAUUGAAUAUUUGUUUUGGUUGGUUUAUUCGGCUAUGCUAUCACUGUGAUACAAUUUCCUUUCAUCCCUGCAAAAGAUAUGGCAUCCAAUGCAAUUGCAAAAGGUGAUGACAAAUAGAGCAUUGCUUGAGUUUUCUAGGAAGCAGUAUUGAGGAGGGUUGUUUGAUGAAGUUAAAGGUAUUUAAGAAAAAUGAAAGACAAUGGUUGUCUCCUCCAAACAAUGCAACUUACAAUGUUAUUGUGCAAGGUUUUUUUAAGGUGCAAUAAAAUCAGUGAAAUGGCAUCUUUCAUGAAGGAAAUGGUUGGAAGGGGCUUCUCGUUUGAUGCAACUACAACUCGACUUUUGAUAAACAUUGCAAGGGAGAAUCCUUCCGUCCUUGACAUGAUACCAGAGCUUCACUCCAAAAAUAAGAAUUGCAGAAGUUGAAAAAAUGGCAAUUAGAACACCACUUGAGCUUUCCGGGCAGGCUUCAGAGGAGGAAAGUCAUAGAACUGGGAAGAUUAUCCAAGUAACGGACAUUGCGGACUUUAUGACAGAAGAGGUAAAUUUGUGGGCUCUUCUAUUAUAAAAGAAAUGUGCAGCAUUGAAAUGGGCUCCCUGUCAGAAGCUAUUCUAGUAGCUAGAUCUGUAGUUAGAUUGCAGGACAUUCUUUUUCAAUGAAGUCAAAUUUGUUUUUGUGGGUUGCAGAACAAGUUCAUCACGGCCGGACCAGAAACUAAAGUAUGAAAGUAUUCAAUGUGUUAUUUUUUGCUUCACUUUUCAAACAUCUACCCUUAGUGAAAAUAAGCUGAAAUACUUCGCAGCAUAAUCUAUCACCUUCCUGUACAUUUUCAGUCUUACACCAAAAAUCUGAAAACAAUAGGGGCGGACCUAUAGGCAAUCCUUUGGUGCUCCGGCGCAGGUUAGGUAUAACAAUACAAAAAAGGUAUAAAAUUUUGGAUAAGGUUUAUAAAAGCACCCACGAAGAUAGCUGGGUGCUUUAGGCGGAACCGUAAAGCUUUGGUCGUCAAUAUAUGUGUUCGAACCUUUCGAGCACCCAAGAUCCCGCAAUCCUGGGUCCGCUAGUGGUCAAAACAAUAUACAUCUACAUUUUAAAUUACUAGUGUUCUCUUUUUCACCUUUCCUUUCCAGAUCAUAACAACUUUGCUGGUCCUGUGUUCUGGAGCUAUUUGAUGUCAUAUACUUUUGCAAUUCACCAACAGUUCUUUCAGAUUUCCCAACAUGGACCGUCUUAAUUCAACUAAUUUCAAAAACAUGCGCCAAAAAGGAGCUGUAAACUUCGUAACCUUCUUCACAAAGGAUAUACCUGUUGCAAAUUAUCAUUCCUCUUCUUUUUAAGUUGUGUUGAGUCAAACAUGUCUUUCUUGCCAGUAGCCAUGUGAAGCAUUCAACCUUGCAAGGGGCUUUAUCUCCAAGGGCAUAUAUGAUGUUGCCUACUACCUUGGGAGAAUAACUUGUAUACUGAUUUUAUCAGGAAAACGCUGGAUUCUAGUUGCUCGUCUGGUUCUGCUUUCAGCCCUUGGCAUCCUUCAAUCACUUGCAAAAAUUGGCUCAUUCCUCCCUUUUACAGUUCACUACACCUUCUAUCUAAAGGUAUGUUCUUGUUACAUUAUUCUAGAGUUCAAAAGUUAGUUGACGCUGUUAAGCUACAGUAACUAGAUUUCCAGAAGUUAGUUGGGACAGCUAGAGUGUAGUUAGUUGGGACUGUUAGUAGUAAUUAAUUCUGUUAGAUAGAAGAAGUCGAUCAAGCUGUAUUUUAGAUAAAUAGUCAUCGUAAUUAGCAUUUUACAUUUAUGACAUGAAAUAUUCACAAUCUUCUUCUUCUCCUAAAAUCUGUUCUCUCUAUUUUUCUUCUUUUCUCACUGAUUGUAUCCUCAAGCUUCUUCCUGGACAAUCAUUCGAUCCUCGAGUAACAGUUCUAUCCUUGAGGAGACAGAUACAUUUCUACUGUUACAAAGCUGAAAAUCCUGGGAAAUUGCUCCGUGAAUGGCAUGUUCCAUGAAUUCUUGGCCGAAUAGGAUUCUACCACCUCCCAGUUUAAUUGGAAAAUGCUUUGGGAGUUUGUUCCAAUGUUCCUGAGAAUUAUAUAUAUGGUUUUCACCUGAUUGGUUUUACCACAUUGUAUUCUGAACAGAGACUACUGUCCUUUCUUCAUAACAUAUCUUUAGUUUUGAGCUGUUUUGAAUUCUCUGAAGUUGAUUACGUGAUUUAUAAAGUUCAUAGAAUGACAAAAUUAUUCUUUCUUUUA